AUGCCGAAGACUACCGAUUCCUCCGGCGUAGAGCGUAAUCGCCCGCUCUACCAGGUCAUCAACACCGACAAGAGGCGCGUCGCCUAUUUCUACGAUUCCGACAUUGGCAAUUAUGCCUACGUGACUGGCCACCCGAUGAAGCCACAUCGUAUUCGCCUCGCCCACAGUCUGGUCAUGAAUUACGACGUUUACAAGUACCUCGAGAUUUACCGUGCGAAGCCUGCCGUCACCUCGGAGAUGACGCAGUUCCAUACCGAUGAGUACAUCGAGUUCUUGCAAAAGGUCACUCCAGACAACAUGGACAGCUUCAUGCGUGAGCAGGGCAAGUACAACGUCGGCGACGAUUGCCCCGUCUUCGAUGGCCUCUUUGAGUUUUGUGGCAUCAGCGCCGGCGGCAGCAUGGAGGGAGCUGCCCGUCUGAAUCGCGAGAAGUGCGACAUUGCCAUCAACUGGGCUGGUGGCCUGCAUCAUGCCAAGAAGAGCGAGGCUAGCGGUUUCUGCUACGUCAACGACAUUGUUCUUGCCAUCCUCGAGCUCCUGCGCUUCAAGAAGCGCGUCCUUUACAUUGACAUCGACGUCCAUCACGGUGAUGGCGUCGAGGAAGCUUUCUACACGACCGACCGUGUUAUGACCGUGUCUUUCCACAAGUACGGCGAGUACUUCCCCGGCACCGGCGAGCUCCGUGACAUUGGCAUCGGCCAGGGCAAGCACUAUGCCGUCAAUUUCCCCCUCCGCGAUGGCAUUGACGACACCACUUACGAGACCAUCUUUGAGCCCGUCAUUGAGGCCGUCAUGAAGUACUACCAGCCCGAGGCCGUUGUCCUCCAGUGCGGUGGCGACAGUCUCUCCGGCGACCGUCUCGGCUGCUUCAACCUGAGCAUGCGCGGUCACGCCAACUGCGUCAACUAUGUCCGCGGCUUUGGUCUCCCCACUCUCGUCCUUGGUGGCGGUGGUUACACCAUGCGCAAUGUUGCUCGCACUUGGGCUUACGAGACUGGCCGUCUGGUCGGUGUCGAGAUGGAUUCAUCGCUUCCCUACAACGAGUACUACUCUUACUAUGGCCCGGACUACGAGCUUGACGUCCGCUCGUCUAACAUGGAAAAUGCCAAUAGUUAUGAGUAUCUCGAAAAGAUCAAGAUCGCUGUCAUCGAGAACCUCAAGCGCACCGCCCACGCGCCCUCCGUCCAGAUGCAGGAUGUUCCCCGCCAGAGCAUGGGCAUGUCUGAUGACCAAGAAGCCGAGCUCGACGAUCAGGACGAGGAUGAGAACCAGGACGUCCGCAUGACUCAGCGCCAGUGGGAGAAGCACGUCGAGCGUCAUGACGAGUUUGAGGCCUCGGAUGACGAGGAUCUAGCUCGUGAGAACGGUGUCUACAAGCCGAAUGGCGCUUCUCGCCAGGAGACCAACUUCGGCGCCAACGACAAGGCUGACGACACCAUGGAGGUCGACAGCCGUGCUGCUACUCCUCCCGCCGACGACGAUGAAGCCAUGAUCGACGAGGCCCUUGCUGAGGUGCUCGCCGAGGUCGCCCAGUCCGAGGCGCAAAAGUCCGCUGCGGCUGCGGCCGAGCAAAGCGCGGAAGCCGCCAACGCUAAGACCGACAACGAUGGCGACGUCGAUAUGACUGAUGCCGGUGCCACCGACGAAAAGGAGCCCGAGGCUACCAUUAAGCGCGAAGAAGACGCCGAAGGCAUUUCGGCCACCGCCGCCGAGCCCGCUGAGAAGAGCGAGAGCCCGGCUACUGCGGAGGAGGCUGCCAAGCCUGCCGAGGCUGAGAAAGAGGGCGACACCGCUGCUAUCGAGAAGAAGCCCGAGCCUUCUACCUCUGCCGAUGCUACUGCCACCGGCAGCACCGAUACUGCCACCGCUACUGGUGAAGAGGAGAAGAAGCCGGCCGGGAACGCCGAGGCCACUGCUACGACCGAGGCGUCCGACAAGGAUGCCGGCGCUGCCACUACCACCUCGGCUGUCACCGACGCUGAGAAGAAGGCUGGCGAAGACAAGGAAGAGGCUUCUUCGGCCUAA